AGUAGCACUACGCAUCCUUAUCCUUCAACUUUCUGAAGCUACCUGCUACCUGCUACCUACCACCUAUAUCCACACACCCUUACCUAACGUACCUAAACAUUCCCGACUUUAUUUAUUAAUAUCAUUCUAGAAUAACUACCUAGAAAUAUCAUCAUUUAACACCAUCACCGCCGUUAUUGUCAAUUAAUUGCAUUUGGUCUUGCAACCUCUCUUCCAAUGUACUCGUAAUUCCUUUUUUUUUUCUUUUCUCUCCUCUCCUUAAUCUCAUACAGUAUUUAUAUGUCUCCUCAUCGCCCCUCUUAUAUAAUUGCUCAUGCUCAUGCACUUCGGCGUGAUCGCGCACAUCCCUAAUCGCAAUGGAAGACCUCUCAAGAUCUGAAUACCCAGCUAUGCUGGCUAAUCUGCAACCCAACCAAGCCGUCCACGCCCUCAACGACCGAGUGAAGCGCAUAACAAAAGUCAACAACGAGAUCGCCGAUUGGUUACAGGAGCGACGCAAAGUAGAGGAACAAUAUGUAGCUGGGCUAAAGAGGUUGACCCAGUUUCGGGUUCCUAACGCGCAGUCGGAACUUGGAACAUUCCAACCACAAUGGGACAAGAUAAUCCAGUCUGCCGAUGCCGUCGCCAUGUCCCAUCACAUUUUCGCCACCAAGAUUGAGAAAGAUGUCGAAACGCCUUUACGAAGCUUCCACCAGAGAAAGGAGAUGAUUAAUAUUCAUACCGUCCAGGGAAAUCUUCAGAAUAUGGCUAAGGAACUCGAGGAUGCCCAGGAACGGUCUGAAAAGCUUACCAAGAAAGGUGGCAAAGCUAGCGCUCAGAAGGUAGAUCUAGCAGCUGGGAAGCUAGAGUCUGCUACGCAGCAAUGGGAGUCACAAGCACCGUUUAUAUUCGAAUCUCUACAAGCCUUGGACGAGAGUCGAAUGGAUCAAUUGCGGAACUCUCUCACUCUUUAUGGUACUUACGAAGGAGAGCAGGCGCAAAGUCACCAGAGCGAGUCCGAGACCGUAUUAAAUAGCUUGCUAGACUACACCACCGCGAAAGAAAUAGAACACUUCGUAGCGAAGACGACGGCGGGCCGACCCAAGCUCGAGAAACGGACGACUACGACACGACAAUCCUCCAGUCUCAGCGGGCAAAAUUCCGCAACAGCGCCCGCUCCUAGUAUACAUACACCAGCUGCCGAUGAUCAUAGCGAACAUUCAGUCACUAAGGAAGCGCCCCCGGAGAAUAAGUUACGUAGUCGCAUUGGUACUAUGCUUGGUCGGCGACGACAGAGCAUUCACGGUGGCUUUGGUCAACUAUCACCGGCAAAAGGUCCUUUUGGUAGGAACAUAAGGAGCAGUCAUGGUUUAUCGCCUAGAGCAUCGUCGAGCAACCUCGGUGACUCUACAAACCGCCUAGGAUCGCUGGUGGAAGAUCCGGACACAACCGAGACGCCCUCACGAGCAUCCGAGGCCAGAGAGAAGCAAAGUCACGACGGUACGAAUGGUAUAGGCCGUGACGGAUCGACCGAAAUAGCGCCACCCGCAACAGCGGCCUCAGCGCCAUCACGUAUAAAUGGUACAUCUGCCGCUGCUGCCGAUGUUGCUGAUGUUCCUCCUCCGCCGGGGCCCCCACCAUCUCACAAGGAACCGGAGAAGGAUUCCGAAGGUUUUAGUGUCCCCGCCCCGUCUGACGAUCCGAUAUCCCAAGCGCAGAGGGAAGCAGCCGCGCAAGAGGCCGAGCAACUAUUCAAACUGAACAUCCAAAAGGAACCUGUAGCCGAAGAAGACCCGGAAGAAAAGAAGGCGGCUCUUUCAAACGUCGCUAACAGUCUCUCGGCUAUGGGUAUACCAGCUCGGAAAGUGGGCACAGUUAGAGGCCGGAGAGACGUACGGAACACUAUAUAUGUUCCUGCUCCAGUCUCCGAGGGUUCUGCGGCUGAGCACCCGGUUCCUGUUCCUCCUCCCUUCCAUACUAUGUCAUCCAAACCUGCUGGAGUCGCUACUCUUGCUUCCGAGGCCAGUAUUGCAGGUACAUCGGAUACGCAGUCGAUUCGGUCCGGUAACUCAUUGAGUAGCAUUGUUCACGUGAAACACCCCGAUAUGCACGAACCGGGUCUUAAUUCGUCUGUCAUGGAGACAGUCUCAGCAACCUUCGAGAACGGCGAAGUUCGUGGUGUCAAAGUAAACGGCGAGAUCGCCUUCUCGUAUAAUUCGGAUUCUACCCCUCCUACUCAUCUACCUAUUCGUAUCAACAACUUCCCCGCUCUUGAAGCUAUCGGUCCCAACCGCAUUUUCGUCACGAACGAUGCCCCCGACCAUUCGGAACAAUUUAGCUUAGAUGCUUCCCAUUUACAGAAGACAUCUAUUGGUUUCUCUUACAGACUUCAUAUAGACUCGAGUGCUACUCCCACGGAGCACGUACCUAUUCUUCUAAGCCCCAUUUGGAAGCCCCAAGGAGACAAAUUGGGUUUAUUACUUCAGUAUAAACUCAACCCUGCAUUCAAGUUCGCGAAUGCAGGCUCUAGUGUGCAGCUACAUAGCCUAGUGCUAUUCGCUUCAUAUGAAGGCAAGGCUUCGGGUGCACAGACGAAACCAUCCGGCACACAUCUAAAAGAGAAACACCUAAUCUACUGGCGUCUCGGCGACCUCACUUUAUCUGUGGACGGGGACUGGCAGAAGAUUGUAUGCCGAAUAAUAGGCGAUCAGGGCGUAGAGCCCAAGCCGGGCAGCAUCGAAGCACGAUGGGAGGUCACCCCACCGACGGAGAUGACUGAAGGCGGAAACGCAAUCUCGGUAUCCCGAUUCGAAGAGGGUAAGGGCAAAGAGGUAGAACUCACCGAAGACGAUCCAUUUGCGGACGAUACCGCCGCCACCGAAGAAGGGAAGUGGAUCGACGUACCUACUAUAAGGAAACUUGUAAGCGGCAAGUACGAAGCGAGAUAGAGAUAAGACGAUCGAUGUAAGAAGAAAGCGGAGGAAAAGGAAGGAAAGCUUUUGCUAGGGAGAACAAAUACCUGAGAUUUUUCUUGUGUCUGGACGACGAUGAUGCUCUUUUGUAAAAUCAGAUUAGCGGGUUGUCCAAAAUUGAAAGGUCCCAUUUGUGCAUAUCUAUAUCAAUAUGUAGCUUCGAACUAGCUGUUCAUUAUGUAGGUUAGGUACUCAGUUCUCUUUCUUUGUAUUUUCGCAUCCGAUCGGUCGAUCGAUUGAUUCCCUUUUGUUUUUUUGUUACCAUAAAAAGCCAUUCGCAUUUUAGUUCAGAUAGGUACCCUAGCUAUUACGACUACAGCAUAUUUCCGGUAUCACAACAUCAAUUUCAUCACUACAAAAAGAAAAAUGCG